GGUGACAUUUAUUCGGCUCCAGGGAUAAGCAGGGAUAAUCGCUGUAAUAGGGACACCACGCGAUCCACCGGAUAAAUGACGUCACGCAAAGAUGGCAUCGCUGUUACGAAGAGACUCGGUCUCAGGUACCGCACUCCUGGCCGGCUGGUAAACUCCCAGCAGCGGGCCCCGGGGACGGCCGCACGGAGGCAGCAGGAGCCCAGGGAAGGGCUGGCCCGGCUCCUCCUCCCGGGCUUCAGUCGCUGGGCUCGUGCGCUGCUUCUCCCAACCAGGUCGCCCAGCUCCAGGGGCGGAUCCCACCGGGAGCCUAUUGGGUGGAAGAAGGGGUAAAGGGCACCGCGGCCCGCCUCCCCCCUCCCCCCAAAAAAGAAAAAGAGCGUGGCCGGCGGUCUCUGGGAGACCUCAUCGUUUGCCCGGAUCCACCACCAUGCUGAGCCUGCCGAGGAAGCUGGAGCUCUUCUACGAUGUGCUGUCCCCCUAUUCUUGGCUAGCCUUCGAGGUCCUGUGUCGCUAUCAGAACAUCUGGAACAUCAGCCUGAAGCUUCGACCAAGUUUCCUAGUAGGGAUAAUGAAGGACAGUGGGAACCUACGACCUUUCCUUGCACCCCGAAAAAAGAAAUACCUGAUAGAUGAACUCCAGCACCUGGCAGAAUUUUACCAAGUUCCCCUUGUGAUUCCCAGAGAUCCUCGAGGAGCCAUCAUAGAUAAAGGGAGCCUGGAUGCCAUGAGAUUCCUCAGUUCUGUCGAAAUGGAAAAGCCUGAGAUGUUGGAGAAAGUGUCUAGGGAGCUGUGGAUGCGCAUCUGGUCACAGGAUGAAGAUAUCACAGAAUCCCAGAGCAUCCUGACUGCUGCAGAGAAAGCAGGACUUUCUGAAGAACAGGCUAAUUAUCUACUGGAAAAGUGUUCAACAGAAGAGGUGAAGAAGAAACUAAGAGAGACCACAGAUACAGCCUGCAGAUAUGGGGCCUUUGGGCUGCCCAUCAUAGUGUUCCACAUGAAUGACAAAUCCCACAUGCUCUUUGGCUCUGACAGGAUGGAGCUGCUGGCCCACCUGCUAGGGGAACAGUGGCAGGGCCCAGUACCCAACACUAUGAAAGGCAAACUCUCAGCAACUGAUUAGAAGGAGAAGCUGCCCAACCCGAGGAGCCAGACCCUUCCUCCUCACAAUGUCCUCUUCAUGGAAUCCAGGAUGCUAGGGUUCUUCAUUCAUAUAUUCUCAUGAUUGUAUGGAAAAGGUAUGGUGUCCUGAACUUAGAGCCCUGAGACUGUCCUAUUCCUUCUACUCAAAAGUACCCUAGGUAGGGCUCCAACCUUCAUUGUUAAAAUAAAAUCCCUAGUAGCGAAUAUUCUUGUGUACCUAUCA